CUAAGCAGUCCAGAGAGCAGCCUAACACCACCACUCACCACCACAUUGCACCUUGAAAGUGACCUAGAAGCCUUGGCCAAUCUGGAAAAUCAUGUAAAGACUGAGCCAAACAGCACAAACAGAAGUUGCGAACAGUCUUCCCAUGGUACCCUUGUAAAUGGAAAAUCCCCUGUCCGCAGUUCUAUUCAUCGGUCACCGAGAGGGGGAGGCGGCGGUGAUGGGACAAAUAAAGAUGAAGAUCCUAAUGAAGACUGGUGUGCAGUGUGCCAAAAUGGAGGAGACCUCUUAUGUUGUGAAAAGUGCCCAAAGGUUUUUCACCUUACAUGUCAUGUACCAACCCUCCUUAGUUUUCCAAGUGGUGAAUGGAUCUGCACAUUCUGUAGAGACAUAAACAAACCUGAACUGGAGUACGAUUGUGAUAAUUCUCAACACAGUAAGAAAGGGAAGACAGUGCAAGGCUUGAAUCCUGUGGACCAAAAGAAAUGUGAGCGACUGCUACUGUAUCUCUACUGCCAUGAAUUAAGCAUUGAGUUUCAAGAACCAGUUCCUGCAUCAAUACCAAAUUACUACAAAAUAAUAAAGAAGCCUAUGGAUCUAUCUACAGUGAAAAAGAAGCUGCAGAAAAAGCACUCACAACACUACCAGACACCUGAAGACUUUGUUGCAGAUGUCAGGCUAAUAUUUAAGAACUGUGAGAGGUUCAAUGAAGUAUGUUGAUGUUUUAAUUUUACUCUGUAUUGUUUUAUUUCUCUGCUCAGUGCAUGUUACCUUUGCGUAUAUUCAUUUACCUUUGCUUACCUUUCUUUUCCCUCUAUAUACCUAAAUACAUUUUUAUUUGGCUCUAAUUAACCUGCAUCUUUUUCGCAUCUUAACAAGCUAUGGGAUAGUUAUGUAUUAAUUUAAAAGAAUUGGUUGCUUUUAAGAAAAUGUUGUCAUGUAUUAGACUACUUUCUCAGUCUUGAAUUUCCUCUGUGAGCACUGUUGGCCUGACAUAAAGGGUUACUUAAGAGUCUAUCGGAGGAUGGCAUAACCUUGUGAAAGUCGCUGAUCAGAAGGAUGCAUUACUUAUGUAGUUCUGUACUGCUGUUCUCCUGAUUCCCCAGGACACUAAUCACCCUAGGCUCAAACAUAAGAUGCACAAUCAUUCACCCCUGAUAUUCAUUAGGUUCUGAUUGGCAGCUCUCUGACUAUACUGUGUCGGUAGAUAGCGGUCAGUCAGGAGCCAGUGUACAGAGGGAGUGGCACGUCUCUUGCUCGCCCUCAUAUGAGGAGAAUUGCUGCACAGAACCAUGUAAGCAAAUAAACCUAGUGACCAAUUCCCUUUAAAACCCUGGAUGACCAGCAGUUUGAACAUGAAGGAAUAAUUAGAAUUGACUCAUCUAGGUCAUGACACCUUCAGUCAGGAUACUGCCCCAUACCCUCUCCCAGGGAACAUUUUGAUCAGAACGUAGAGGCAGGGAGCAACACAGCUGCAGUAUUUUGGUAAAACACAGAUGAUACUUUUCUGCCCUGCACAUGACAACAGAACAUCUGUCAAAUUCACAUAAAAGUAUUCACAAAUGCAUCAUUGCUCUGACAAAUUCCUGCAAGGAAAAAUAAAAUAGUUUCGACAUAUGCAUACAGACAUUCAUACACAGUUACCCAUACCGGUGGCAGGAUAUACAUACAUUUAUAAACUUUUGGGUAAAAAGAGGACAUCCAUGGAUGUAUUUUUACAAAAAGCCUUCUCCAAACUGCAUUAAUGCACACAUUCAUAUUGCACAGUUUGUCAUCAUUUUCAUUAUUUCUACAGUUCCCACACCCAUACAAUUGUCAUAACACCCACAGAUUUAUAUGCUGAGAAAAUAUUGCUCACCUACAUUAAAGGGGUUAUCCACAAAUAGAAAAAAAGCAAAUGGCUUCCAAAAACAGCACCACACCUGUCCUUGGGUUGUGUGGGGUAUUACAACUUUGUUCCAUUCAAUGGAACUAAGCUCCAGUACCACACACAACCUGAGGGCAGGCGUGGUGCUUAUUGUUUUCUUUAUUUUUUUUAUUAUUUUUUAAAGAAAGCAGCUCUGUUUUUCUAAUCCUGGAUAACCCCUUU